UAUAGUAAAUCUUCAAUCAGGCAUACUGAAACGUCCAUAACAACAGGGGGAAACGGGUGAGGAGGGGGUCUGGAAUGAGCUCCAGCGGCGGGGGAGACUUCUGUUCUGCUGGUGUCCUUGUUUUUUCUUCUUUCCUCCCCCCUUCUCUCUCCUCUUCUUUUGACACCUCGAAAGACCGUAAGUAGACUGUUGAAGAGGAAUGAGAGCCGAUAACAUAAUAAAUAGCGGAUCCGCCCCGAAAGAGCAGCGACGGAGGAACCUGCUCGUCUGGAUGAGAGACCCCCGCUGCGUGAAGACGCGCGGCGCCGCUGCCGCGGAGGCAGCAUCACCGCACGAGUGAUCGCAUCCCUGAUCACUCGCAGGUAUUACAGGCCCGCGGCGGGGACAGCUUAGCGACCGGGCGGACAUCAGCUGUCGAAGCUGCGGGUCUCCACAGAGAGGCGGGUUUUCAUCCGCAGAUGCCAUGGGGGCUGUUGGAGGAGGGCCUGCUCGCUGGGAUUAAUCACUGAUCAUGACGAGGCGCGGAGCACCGAUUUCCUUCACCGCCCUGCGGAUGAGACUCUCGGACGGUUUAGGGGUGCCUGCUGACAUCUGCACCUGAAAUCCACCGACUAUGGUUCUCCCACCCCGAAAGGAAAGGUUUUCCCCUUCAAAGCCACAAUGGGACUAACCUGCCAGUGAUCAGUAUUGAUACUGCUGAAUGCCAGGUGUACAAUGUCAAGUUACCAGGUACCUGGGAUGGGUACAAAUCUAACGGAUCAUUACGGGGACCAGGAUUUAAGAAGCCACUGGUCUUGCACUGUGGCCAGCGUGGUGAAGAUGGUGCUCAUAUCUCUGAUCGUGUGCUUGUCAUUGUUUGGAAAUGUGGUCGUGCUCAUGGUGUUCCACAGGAAGCCGCAGCUCCUCCAUGUCGCCAACCGCUUUGUUCUCAACCUCCUCCUGGCAGAUCUCCUGCAGACCGUGUUAGUCAUGCCCUUUGCAAUUGCCGCCUCCAUGCCAGGUGUUUGGCCCCUGGAUGCGCGGCUGUGCCACGCUCUUGUGGUGCUAAUGCACCUCUUUGCGUUUGCUGGAGUCAACACCAUCAUAGUUGUCUCUGUGGAUCGCUAUCUGGCCAUCAUCCACCCUCUGUCUUAUCCCACUCGGAUGACCCCUCAUUUGGGCACCAAUCUGAUCAUCUGCACAUGGGUGCUCAGUUUCCUGCAGAGCACACCCCCACUGUACGGCUGGGGGGCCAUUGACUUUGACCUGCGCCACAAAGUCUGCACAGUAGUCUGGUCCUCGAGUUUGACCUACUCUGCCCUAGUCUCUAUGUUUUCUUUCUGGUUACCCGUGCUCAUCAUGCUUGGAUGCUACUGGAUGGUGUUCAGAGCGGCCCGGAGACAGAACGCUCUCGUCCACCCCAUACAGACACAGUCCUACACCCAACCCUUCCAACAAGACUUCCAGGGAUCUAGCAGUCCUCAGGAAUCCUCAAACCCUCAGCAGUCCUGCUCACCCGAAGGCCCCUACGCUGCCAGAAGACACCCUAUUCGAAUCAGACACAGGCGUUUUCACUACCACUGCAAGGCAGCUCGUGUUGUUUUCGUCAUCAUGGCCUCCUACAUCUUAAGCAUGGGUCCUUAUAGCAUUUUGAAUACAAUAUCUAUGGUGAGCAAAGCAGCGGUGCCCCCGUGGUUAUCCUCCCUCGCCCUUGUGCUCUUCUUUUUACAGUGCUGCCUGCACCCAUACAUUUAUGGCUACAUGCACCGCAGCGUGCGGAAAGAAUUCAUUGCUUUGCUCUGUGGGCUGCUCUGCAAGCAGAGUCGUCCAAACCAGAGCUCUGGCAUGGAGAGCUGCUAUACCACGACAGAGGGACGCUCCGGUGCUCACCCUCACCUUCCUAGCCUGGCUUCCCGAGUCCUGCCCCUGCGGACAUGGGAAGAGUGCACAACAUCCUCCUCUCCCACAUCCGAGAUGAAGUCAAGAGACAGCCGGAAGGAGACCACCUCCACCAGCAUCAGUUCUGAGAGGGAGCUGCCAGUUCCCAGCAAACAAGGCACUUGAGCUGCUUCAAGCUUUCUUUUUCAAACACUUGUGCAUUGUGUCAACAAAUAAGGAUGGUCUCAACAGCUUGAUCCAAAAGCUGCUGACUCUUAGAGCUGUGGCACAAACUACCUGAUCUCUGAGACAAUGACCUUCAACUUUGUCAAAUGAUUAGGAUUCUUUGAAAAAGUACUCUCUUAUUCAUGUUAGUAGUUACCAGAAAUGGCUGUAGAAGAAAAUAAACUGUAAAAUAUUGGUGUAUAUGUAGACUGACGAGUGUCCUUGUGGCCUAAAGCUGCCAUUUAGUUCAGUUUGUAAAUCCAUUAUUUGUAUUAAAAAUGUAUGCAAGCAUCUAAAGCUAGGGUAAUCAAGUGAGACCUUCUAACACCCCGAUAAAUCUGCAGUAUGCGCACAACAGCUCAAUCUCCUUUAAAAAUGUCUGUUCCAUUGUGGUCAAGAAUGGUUGAGAGUGCAGUUAGCUCUCAUAACGUAUGAACUCAGGGUAUUUCUUGUGGAAAACUUCUUAAGUGCCCAUCUUCAAUCCUCAAAUCUUUUAUAUGUACAUUCUGUGUCUGCAUUGACUCUUUUUUAGUCUAGAAGCGCCUUUUUCAGAAAGUACAAAAUGUGACUCAUUGUGCCUUUCAGUUAGACAACAUAGAAGUGUUAGUGAUUUCUUCUAAAUGGGACAGAUAACUGUCCUCUUUAAACUUUGUUCCGAAUUUUCUUUUUACCUAGACGUUAACUGUAUACUUUCCUGCUCUGAAAGUGUGGCAUAUUUGGAUGUUCUGCCUUUGUUGGUUGUUUCUGUUUUAAACUCCAGAGAGCACAGAGAGCAAGGUGUGACAAAAACCUAACUGCAGUAACCUUGCAUUAUUUAUUCAGUGGAGGCAGUAUGCCAAGAAAGCUUAUGUGACGCAUUUGAGAUUCCACUGAACAUAUGUCCAUUUGUAAAAAAAAACAAACACGUAAUAUACUUGUGUUUUUAUUAGAAGUGUAUAUAUAUAAAAGGCAUGCAGAAGCCACUAAAGGACUCUUGUAUACACCAGUGCUGGAUGUGUGUCAUGACUCAUCUCAGAGGAAGUAUUGCUGUGACCUAAAGCAUCUUAGAUGUCUUACAAAAAAAGUGUUGUUUUUUUCUAACUUUUUCUUAGCCAAGUACCUUAAAAAUAAUAAGACAAACAAAACACCAUUCUUUUAGAGGACAAUUUCCAAUUGAUCGUCCCUGCCUCGGUUAAGAACCUCAGUUCACUGGAUGAGUUACCGGGUGAAAAAGUGAACAGCAGUAUUAUGGAUGACAAUCAAAACUUGCUUUCUCUGCAGAGCAGUGUGUAUUGCUGAAAAAAUAACUUUUUGUCUUUAAAAUCCACUUUUUUGUGGUUUUGUUCAUUUUUCUAUUGCGUCUUAGUGUCAAUAUUCCAAACGAUUGAUGUUAAAUAAAAGUAAACUAUAAAUUUGUGUACAGGUUUCUUUUAUUGUAAAAGAACAUUUUUGCCAGCUUUGGAUAAAUGUCAAGAAAACAAAAAAUAGCUGAUAUUUGAAUAGCUGCUUCACUUCCAAAAUAUAAAAGAAAAACCUAUAGAUCCUCUGGGGUAGGGGUAAAGCUGACCACUGUAAGGAAGUGCAUGUUUAGAUGCCUCUGCAUUGAAGUGCCCUCGAGCAAGACACUGAUGUGAAUGUGUCUGUGACUUCAGACCUUAAAGAUCCACUCUGAUGAAAAUUGUGUUUGUAACAUGAGGCAUUUCUCUUAUGAGGGACAUAUAAAGGAAAUUUAGCUUAAAAUUAAAUUUCGGAGUAUUUCUUUAUUCAAAUAGUCGUGAUUCAGGAGAAGACGCAAAGAUGCAGUUGGAAAAGACAGAAGUUAUUUCAAGCUCGGCCCUCCACUCCAUUCUGAUGCAUCCACUUGCAGACAAAAAGAUCCAUGUACGUCUGUUUUCUCCUGGGCUGGAUAGCUUCAAUAUUGUCGCCAUUCUUGUUCUAUCGGUAUCGUUAGGUUGAAGGGCUUUGAUAUAGUAGGAGUAUAAAAAAAAAAAGGGGGGGGGGGGGGGGGGGGGGUUGGGAAAUGAAGUGAGACUCACUCAAUCAGUCCUGCUUAUAACUCAGAGGCAAAUUUCUAAUUCCUGCCGCUCUGCAGAAACUUUGUCAUAGAAAAUAAGCUUUAUUUUGCCUAAAAACGGCAUAAUCAUAAAUAAAUACCACUAGGAACACUUUUACAAUAGAUCAAAAGAUGAUCAGAGUGGGACUUCAAAGGUGGAAAAGUACUUUUGAAAUUAAACUUAUUAUAAAUUAAAUUUUGGUCAUGCAGAAUUAGUGAACCAAACUGUCAAAACAGACAAAUUUUCUUUAAGUGCCAUCCCAGAAAAAAAAGCUUGGCUUGGUUUGUUUAUUUUUUAUUUUAUUUUCGUAAUGCAAUGAGUUGGACAUUAAAUAUGGAUUAAUGGCCUUUCACUCAGAAGCAAAUAAAAAGGAAUAUUAUUUAACGUGAAAAAAAACAUUUUUCUUAGUAGCUCAAAGACAAAAAUACGUUUUUUUUCCUGUGGAUUACUUACACAUUUGUGAAAUAGUCAUCACCUUCAAUGCAGCCACACUGCUUUAAGCAAACAGCAGCAGUGUUUAUUCUACCUAAUGGUUGACUCAUUAAAUCUAAAAGGAUGUUUCUCAAUAGAAAGAGAGCAUUCAUAGUUAACAAGGUGACUAUCUUUUUUGGUGGCAGAUUUAUUACAUUUGAGAGACUAUCUUUAAUAUGCAACAUGUUGUAGCUUUAGCAGCUCGGUAGGACAGAUGUGCUUCUCAACAUAAAACACCCAUUUGAUGUAUUCAAACUUAAAUCCAAGAAAAGAAACAGGUACCAUAGCAACAUCAGUAAUUUAUGUCUUAACUAUAUUACAGGCUGAUAUUUAAGAAUUUAAAGCCCGUUUUUAGAAUUAAAAGAAAAGAAAAAAAACUUCAAAGGGGAAAUUGAUAAGAUUGACAAUCUUUAAGUAGCAUUCUCCCUCGCUCUCCUUCUCUAUACAAUAUAUGUACAUACUCAUUAAAUCCUUACAGAACAGGAAAUAAAAAAGGAGCAUUAAGAAAAAAA